AUGUAUGCUACAAAUAUUUACACUUUUACUGUUUAAUGAUCCAAUCCAAGUGGUAAAAAUCAGCAUUGUUUAGUAAACCGUGAAAGUCAAGUGUGAAUACUGAUGUGCCGAGUUGAUGAAUUAAGCCAGACAAUAAAAUGUGCACUUUUUGAUCCAGACACAUCAAGAUUGUGGUGUUCAGUAUUAGUUUAAAUAUUAUGGCUUUUUCCAAUUUGAGUUCAAAUAAGUUUCCGAAUUUUGGGAAGAAAGCCGUUUGGAUUGCUGGGUGUACAAUUGUUUGUUGUAUUUCUUGCAAAUAUAUUUACAUAAGGUGGAAAAAUUCUGAGGAAAAGCGAGGACAGGAAAUAGUUCUCGAGAAAAUCAAGACUGAGAAACGAGACGACCAGAUAUCUCAACUUAAAUCGUCUCUUGUUCCCGAAGAAUUUUCUAAAUAUGGCGAGAUUGUAGGCUUUACGUUGAAAAGGCUAAGAGAGAAACUUUACAAGAGGGAACUCUUAGCAGAAGAUGUGGUUCAAGCAUUUAUCUGGAAAUCGAUCCAAGUUUGUGACGAAUUCGACUGUGCGGUGGAAUUUAUCUCGGGGGCAUUGGACAAGGGACGCGAGUUGGACAAAAUGUCCAUGGUAAAAGGUCCACUGCAUGGCGUGCCGUUUUGUGUUUCAGAAAAUAUUGGCAUUUCCGGAGUCGAUUGUUCUUUAAGCGAUGUAAAGACGCCGGACGCUGUGAUCAUCCAAUGAGAAACUGGGGGCAAUUCCGUUUUGCAGAAGUUGGUCAAAGUCUUUAAAGUUGAAUAGGGUGUUAAAUCCGUUGAAUAAGAAUUUACACGUGGUGGGUGGAGGUGUGGCGUGUCUUGUGGGCGCGGGUGGUGCUCAUUUUGGCGUUGUUAUCAAUGGCGGAAAAUCCUCUGUUAGGUUUGGCAUAUGCAAUAUUGGCAUGCUAUAAUUUUUGACGCUGAGAUUUUGACCUCAUGCAAAAUAUUUUUAGCACACUGGCACAUCUUUGCGGUCUUAGUACGUUGAUAACUACUAGUUUGAGAUUGAGUAGAAGGGGAUGUUUUAUAAAUAGGCAGGGGAUGGAUUUUGAUGAUAAGGCAUUCAUUCCUGCUAUAUUAUCCAAAUCUGCGGAGGACCAAGCCCUUAUAUUACAAGCACUAUUAGAAAACAAUUUGCAAACUAAAUCUGACAGUUGCUGUGUUCCUUUAGCGUGGAACUCCCAAGUGUUCGAGUCAAAACAGAAAUUUAGGAUCGGAUAUAUUUCUGGAUUUCAGUCGUUUCCACCGAUAGGAGAUUCUCAAUUUGUAAUCGGGAGAGUAAAGUCGUUCCUCGAGUCGGCUGGUCAUGUUUUUGUCCCUUUCGAUGUUCCCUUUGACCCGGCGGAUUUCCUGGACUCAAAUUCAUCCCUGGACUGUAAUGAAGGAGUGGUUUUAGAAAAAGUUAAAAAUCUGAUAAAAUUUGACUACGCAAAAAGCAGGAGUGAUGUUACUAAACCAGAUCGUCCUAAGAAGGAGGAUUUAAUACACUCAUUUUUAGAUAAGAUGAAUCAUCAAAAGAUUGACGUAGUAAUUUCUCUGGUUCUUCCAUUUCCUGGAAUUAGCUUGGAAGAUGUCGAUCCAGUUGACGAGGGAAUCAUGGCAUAUACAUUAAUGUGGAACUGUCUUAAUUUUCCUGUGGGCGUUGUAAAAUUCUGGAACGAAAGUGGAAUUCACUGGAAGUCUUCGCUAGACCUGUUGGAUAAAUCGGGAAAAUUAGUUUGGAAGCAAAAGCUGCUAAAAGAAUGUGCAAACUGUGUGGGGAUGCCGAUUGGGGUUCAAGUCGCUGGACGACCGUUUCAGGAGGAGUUAGUUCUCAAGAUUAUGGUUGAAUUGGAUGAUAUUAAUAAAUAGUGGUUAAAUUGAGACUUACUUUUGAUUAAUUUAUCUCUAACAAUAAAAGAGACAAUCAAGUCUGUAAACAUUUCUCAGUUAAGUA